AUUGGACUCGCCCCCACUCUCAUUGUCUUUUUCUCUUCAACAUUUAUGCUUCUGCCUAUUGAAUUUUAAGACUUUCAAUCUGGGCACUUAUGCUUUUCUUCAUGCUGACUGCCAAGUACAUGAGCUAGUUGUGGACUACGAUUUGGCGGGUGGAUGCACUUGCAGAUUUAGAAGUGGGAAAGAUGAACACAAGCGUCACGACAAGGCUGCAACAUAGAAAAGCUCCAAUUGCACAUGAAAAAGCAGAGAUGCGGGGAAGCUUGCAAGAGGGAGCAAAAACAGAGAAUACAGUUAAAGGUGGAAAAACAUCGAGCAAAGACAGAAAAUUGGCUUUGCAACAAGAUGUUGACAGGUUGAAGAAGAAGCUAAGGCGUGAGGAAAACAUCCACAGGGCAUUGGAGAGAGCUUUCAAUAGGCCUUUGGGAGCUCUACCUCGUCUUCCUCCAUAUCUCCCUUCCCAUACACUAGGACUUCUGGCCGAGGUAGCAGUACUGGAAGAAGAAAUUGUUAGGCUUGAAGAACAGGUUGUGCAUUUCAGACAGGACUUGUACCAGGAAGCUGUCUACAUGUCAUCCUCUAAGAUGAAACUUGAGCAUUCAGAAUGUGUGAACAAUGCAAGCUCAAAUCAUAGUGCCAAACUGGGUAAAUUGAAGUCCCUUUCCCAGAGGAUGGAUAAUGCUGCCACAUCUGUAACGAGGACUACAACACCACUUCCAGAGGAUAGAAGAGGAAAAGAGAAUCAAUCGUGCACUAAUUCUUACAAGAGCAGCAAACAAUCCAUAUGUAAAGGCCAAAUUACAAAAUCUCCAACUAAGAAACUUCCUAUUGACAGUAAAUCAUUGAAAAAACGUUGGGAUCCUCCAAAAAAGCAGCAAGAACUAAGGCUGAACAACCAGCCAACUGCAGAAGUAAGAAAGCAUAGUCUACGCAAAACGCCACCAGGGGAUGAAAGCCCAAAUAUAAUCUCUGAAAAUAUUCUGAAGUGUUUAUCAAGUAUUCUCUUGAGAAUGAGUACAGCAAAGAAACCGGCUUCUGCAGGUGAUCUACCACCCUUAUGGACUCCAAAAUCUGAAAACUGCAUUGAAGGACCAGAAUCUUGGGAUCCUUAUGGUAUCUGCUUGGAAUUUGGAAAGGUAGAUAUUGUUCCAUACAAGCAGUUACGUGCAAUUGAAGCUAAAUCAUUCGAUCCAAAACGAACUGCAAAAUCUUUGAUUUUACUGCGCCGGUUGAAACUUCUUCUGAGAAAACUAGCCCGUGUCAAUUUUAAGAACCUCAACCACCAAGAGAAGCUUGCAUUCUGGAUCAACAUCUACAACUCAUGUAUGAUGAACGCAUUCUUAGAAAAUGACAUACCAGACAGUCCUGAUAUGGUUGUCACGCUGAUGCAGAAGGCAACAAUAAAUGUGGGUGGACACUUGCUAAGUGCAACAACCAUAGAACAUUGCAUUUUAAGACUUCCAUAUCACCGGAAAUUUCUAAAUUCUAAACAGACAUUAUCAAAGGGAGCGAAAAAUCAUGAAACUUAUGGACUGGAAUUGUCAGAACCCCUAGUGACAUUUGCUCUCUCUUGUGGAACUUGGUCCUCUCCUGCAGUGAGAGUUUACACUGCAUCUCAGGUUGAGAACGAACUUGAAAUGGCCAAAAGAGAAUAUUUACAGGCUGCAGUUGGAAUUUCAACAUCGAAGUUUGUUAUCCCAAAGUUGCUGGAUUGGUAUUUACUGGACUUUGCAAAAGACUUGGAAUCAUUGCUGGAUUGGAUAUGCCUCCAAUUACCAAGUGAUGUGGGUAAAGAAGCCAUUAAGUUCCUUGAGAAAAGAAAAACCGAGCCCCUCUCACAAUUUGUACAGAUUAUGCCAUAUGAGUUCAAUUUUAGAUACUUGCUGUGCACAUAGUUUUGCUUCUGUUUUUUGUAUAUGAUUUUAUUGGUGCUGGGGAUACAAUUUGUAAUUUUAAGCAGCUCUAGAUUAUACAUAUAAGAAUGUAGAUUUCAUCUGUUCUUUUCUCCCUUUGAAUAGAAUUGAGUAUC